GGCCCGCGCGCACACCCCUGCCAGGACCGUGCCCUGCCGCCUGCGUCACGUCCGUCGCGCGGCGAUGGCGGGGCGGGCGCGCGGCUGAGCGGCGGCAUGGAGGGCGGCCGGCCGCCCGCCUGCACCACGCAGGUCAGCUUCGUCUGCCAGCGCUGCAGCCAGCCGCUGAAGCUCGACACCUCCUUCAAGAUCCUCGACCGCCUCACCAUCCAGGAGCUCACCGCCCCGCUGCUGACCGCCGCCCCUGCCCGGCCCGGGGACGCGCACGAAGAGGAGAGCGCCCUGACGGAGGAAGCCUUCGCGGAGAACCGGCAGGAUGGCGUGUCCAGGAGGUUCAUCCCGCCAGCCAGAAUGAUGUCCACAGAAAGCGCCAACAGUUUCACACUGAUCGGAGAGGCGUCAGACGGCGGCACGAUGGAAAACCUCAGCCGGAGACUGAAGGUCACCGGUGACCUCUUUGACAUCAUGUCUGGGCAGACAGAUGUGGAUCACCCUCUGUGCGAGGAGUGCACGGACACUCUGCUAGACCAGCUGGACACGCAGCUUAACAUCACAGAGAACGAGUGCCAGAACUACAAGAGAUGCCUGGAGAUCCUGGAACAAAUGAACGAGGAUGACAAGGAGAAACUGCAAACAGAACUGAAAGAACUUGCGCUGGAGGAAGAGCAGCUGAUUCAAGAGCUAGAGGAUGUUGAGAAGAAUCGCAAGAUUGUGGCAGAAGACUUUGAGAGAGUCAGGGCGGAGGCAGAGCGGCUGGAGCAGGAAGAAGCUCAGUAUCAAAAAGAAUACUGUGAAUUCAAGAGGCAACAACUGGAGCUAGAUGACGAGCUGAAAAGCGUGGACAACCAAAUGCGCUACGCCCAGAUGCAGUUGGAUAAAUUAAAGAAAACCAACGUGUUCAAUGCAACCUUUCACAUCUGGCACAGUGGUCAGUUUGGUACAAUAAAUAACUUCAGACUCGGCCGUCUCCCCAGUGUUCCUGUAGAAUGGAAUGAGAUCAAUGCUGCCUGGGGGCAGACUGUGCUGUUGCUACAUGCCCUUGCUAACAAAAUGGGCCUGAAGUUUCAAAGAUACCGUCUUGUACCGUAUGGCAACCACUCGUAUUUAGAGUCCCUCACGGACAAAUCAAAGGAGCUCCCCUUGUACUGUUCUGGAGGCCUGAGGUUCUUCUGGGACAAUAAGUUUGAUCACGCAAUGGUGGCUUUCCUGGACUGCGUGCAGCAGUUUAAAGAGGAAGUGGAAAAAGGUGAAACUCGGUUUUGUUUGCCUUAUAGGAUGGACGUGGAGAAAGGGAAGAUUGAAGAUACAGGUGGCAGUGGUGGCUCUUACUCUAUUAAAACACAAUUUAACUCUGAGGAGCAAUGGACAAAAGCACUGAAAUUCAUGUUAACUAACCUGAAGUGGGGUCUUGCCUGGGUCUCAUCCCAAUUCUAUAACAAGUAACCGUGUAAAGAACUCAUCCUGGCAGCUGCGGGGUGUCUGCAUUUCGUUGGAGAAAGUCAGAUUAAGAUGUCUCUUAAUAGUAACCAGUACAAAAUGUUUACAAUACCAAAAAUCCACAAGACACUUUAUUUAAAACCGUUAUUACAAGUAGUACAUAGAAAAGCAAUAUGUAAAGUUAUAUCAUUGCGCUGAACAGAAUAAAAAAAUCAGCUAUUAAA